AUGAUGAGCAGAGUGCUUGCCUUGCUAUUGUCAUUGGCGUUUUGUUAUGGAACAAGCAGUGCCUUUUACAUUAAUUCCAAGAAAGGAAUGACGAACGCUUCAUACCAGAAUGGAUAUCCGAUGCGCCCCACCAAUACGCCUUCCAUCCUAGCGAAACGACAGCAAAAGAUUGCCCUCAUUGCCAAUGUUCUAGAAAGCAGCAGCUUGAUGAUGGCCAAAGAUCCACCCGAUGGUGAUGAGGAGGAGGAAAGCGAUUCUUGGUUGUGGAUUCCAACUUUGGUAUUACCACUUCAACUCGUCUACAUCUCCAACCAAUGGAGUAGAUCUUCACUGUACUACUUGGUCAACUUUUCGCAGGAUGCAACCCCAGAACGUGCUAUGAACUUGGACAUUGGGUUCAGCCAAGCCCAAUAUGGAUUGUUGGCGUCCUUGGCGUUUACCUCCCUCUUUGCCAUUGCUUCCUUGGGCGCGGGAAUAGCAUCCGACAAGUACAAUCGAAAACAAUUGACUGUCUUGGCCACGAUUGGUUGGAGCGUGGCAACGCUGGGAACGGCAUUCUCCACUGAUUAUACCCAAGUUUUGGUAUGCCGGGUACUAAUGGGGUUGGCGUGUGCCUUUGCUACACCAACGGCGUAUACACUCAUCAACGACCGUGUCCCAAAGGAUCGAACAUCAUUGGCGACUUCGUUGUAUGGAACGGGAGUUGCAUUCGGAGGGGCAUUGGCAUCGCUCUCCAUCCUUUUGGCCAACCAAAUUGGCUGGAAAGAUACUACCAUUGCCAUCAGCGUUGCUGGGUUUGCUUCCGCUGGCUUGUCGGCAGUUUUGCUGAAAGAUGACAAAAAGAAUGACCCUGUCAGCCUAUCGGAAACGAACGACGAAGAGGAUGGAUUCAGUGGUUUUGUCGACGAUAUUGGGGAUAUUUUGAAAUCUCCACGUGCGAGGUGGAUCUACUUGGCCAGUUUUCUUCGCUUUUCUUCUGGAUUGUGCAUUGGAGUUUGGUCGGCACCCUAUUUUAAACUUGCGUUCCCUGACAAUUCUUCCGAUUAUGCUGUCGCCCAAGCAUUGAUCACAGCAGUUGCUGGAUCUGCAAGUGGCUUGCUCGGAGGCUAUGUGGCAGACCAGUUGGGUUCAGACUCGAAAACCAAUGGAGACGACAGCGAUAAGAAUGCCCUAGCUUCCAAGCUGUUGGUCCCAGUAGUUGGUUCAGCUCUGGCAGCCCCAGCAUGGUACUUUGCCGUCCAUUCCACUGAUUCCUUUCAAACAGCCAUGAUCUGGUUGUCAGUAGAGUACUUCAUUGCGGAAUCCUGGUUCGGUCCCACCAUCAGUACUUUGCUGGGCACAGUGACGAAAGGAGGCACCGCACAAGGUCUGUUUACCCUCACAGGAGCAGUGGCCAAUCUAGCACCUACGCUGUUGGGUGUGCUCUACACUAACACUAUCAGCCAAGGUAGCGGUUCGGAAUCCUCGGCAGAGCUGCUUCAAUGGCUCUCUCCAGCUGUUUGCCUUGGUUACGUGUUGAGCGCUGUGUGCUUUGCAAUCAGUGCCCAGGCACCAGCCACAAGUGAAAAUGAAGCAAACGCCUUGUAG